CACGCGGGUCGCUGCCUGUGCCCGCCUUUCCCGCGGCGGCGAUGGUGGAGCGUGGAUGAAAUGCACGCUGAGCGUCUUGCAUCCCUCGCUGAUCCACCUUGCUGCACAGUGGGAUACGGGAGCAAAACCCGAGCGGUACAGCACAGCCUUCGUCCUUCUGGAGGUGCAGAAUUGUCGCUGCUUUUUGAGUGUUAGGUGCGGCGGGGAUGCACGGAGCUGCAGAGGUCAGCCGUUGUGUGAGAUGCUGCCAAGUGCUGGUGUCUAUUACUUCCCGUGGGAGAUCAACAGCUCGGUCCCUGAGGGGAAGACACUGAGGACAUUUGGCAGGUUAUGCUGCUAUGACCUGGCCCGAUCUGAAGCCAUUCUCACCACGCAGCACAACUCAGCUCAGUACCAGGUCUGUGUUGACACCAAGUUUGUGGAGCCAUUCCAAGCCCAAGUGGGAUCUUCCUAUAUGGUCCUGGGAGAGGCUGAAUACAGGGAAGAAACUUCCAGUCCUGUGGUAAAAGCACGAAUAUUGAUCUGCGUGGAAGGGAUGAAUGUGGCCCUGCUGGAACAAGCCAUACAGGAGCAGAGGAAAUACUUCAAUGAGAGGCAGGAGCAGAGGGAAAGCAGCACAUCCUGACAGCAGCUCUGAGACCAGCCACAUGCUGGUCCUCGCUCUGCCAUUUAUAACAAAUAUGUUAAAAGUCAGUUAGGGGGUGUGUUUGCUGUGGCAAACAGCAAAGUCACUGAACAGGGAAACACUUGAAGACUGAGUCAGUGUAUGUAUGUGACUGUGGGCUGUCCAUAUCUUGCCCCAGGUGUCAUGACUGAAAAUAGCUCUGGGAAGCAGGUUUGUUGUCUGCUUGAAAGGAUGGUUAAGGAAAGGGAACCCUUGGAUUACACUGGUUCUUUUGUUAUGCACAACAUGAAGGAGUCAGAAGAAGUCUCUGAAUCGAGUUAAGCAGCUCACCUUUGGCAGAUGGGGGAAAAGGGCAUUAGCACAAAGUUCAUUAGCCCAAAGUUCAUUAGCCCUGCCUGGCUGCGGGCCCAUGAGUUCCUGUGUUGGGGUACCCUGACUCAGCUGCCUCACAGGAACAUUCCUGCCAAAACACUCACCUAUCUGGACUGACUGAAGAAACAAGAAGAACAAAGAGUCACUAUUUUCAGUAGCACCUGCCUCUUCAGGUGGGAAGAACUGGUAUCUAAGGGGAGGAUUAAUUCUAACUCUAAAAUAAAUAUUUGCAGUAGCCUGAGUACUUGACUUUCUUCUUUGACACAACUAAGUUUAAGAAACCUUAAAUCACUAUUUUUGAAGUAUCUAAAGAUUUUGAUUGAAAUUUUCCUAAAUAAAGAUGAAAAAAGAA